GGAAAUGUCGGAUAAUUCAUUAGAUUAUGCCUUUUUAAUAUAUGUAAUUGUAAUUAUAGUCUGUGUUUUAUUAGUUUGUUGUUCGAUUUGGAAAAGUGUUUAUAAAUGUGAAGAAAAUGAAGAAAGAAUACAUCGGCAUCAAAAUGAAAUAUAUUUGGAGAGAAUUCGUGUGAUUGCAAUGCAAAAUGCUGCUGUCACUUUUGAUCAUUCGAAUCAUCAUCCAAGUCCAAUACAUCAACUGUAUCUCAAUCGUUAUGGAUCCCAACCACCAAUGUACGAAGAAGGUGUAUUUCCUGGAGAUUUAGUUGGAAAUGUAGAAAAUCCUCCACCUAGUUAUGAAGAAGCACUUCGAGCCACACUAGUACACAACAAUAACUCAACAAAUAAUCGUUAAGCACAAUCAACAUUCGUUAUCAUAAUAUUUCGAGGAGUAAUAGUUAAACUGUGUUAACAACCUACUACAUAAAAGUCUAUGGUAUCAUAAAGCCUAAAUACUAAUACAGGCUGUAAAUCAACAAAUGGUAAAUAAUCAAGAUGAUGGUAGGGUGCGACGAAACAAGUAAUUUUAUUGCAAAGAACAUAUCCAAAACGACCACCUUUUCCUUAUUUUGCUAAAUUUAGAAUUAAAAUCAAUAAUGACUUAAUUUAGUUUGAACACAUGAUUAACACAAGAUUUGAAUGUUAUACUGAUUCUGCAGCAUAGGGUUGACAACGACAAAAAAAACAGCUCGAAAACUGAUAGCUUAGGACUUUAAAAAAAGUGAACUACAUGGAGAAACAACGCGCUAGGGAGCUCCAAAAAU